UCAGCCUGACACUUGCAAACUAACUGACCUCGCAGCACCCGCUGGCAUUCAGCUCGAAGCCGACCAGCCGACGUUAUCUGCUGUUGUGUUCUGCCAGACAAACCCUCCGGCCUGUCUGUGCAGCUGAGUGUCCGCCAUGCUCUGUCUGAGAGCGCUGCGUCUGUCCAGCUCCGCUCAGCUGAUCGUCAAAAACUUGGACGCAGCUAAGAAGGUUUUCAUCCUCCAGCCAGCAUGUUGUCUCAGCACGAAACCAACAACGGAGUCGGAUCGUUUGCAUCUCACAACGAAAAUGCAUUCAAAGCCCCCCAGCUCUGGAGUGGAAAACAUGCUUUUCUACACCAUCACAGAGGGAAAAGAGCAAGUGCCCAUCUCACACUUUAUCGCAGCCCUGAAAAAAACCGGCCUUCACCCGUCGGACCCUCGACUCAGGGACUGUAUGGAAAAUCUCCGACAUGCCAUGAAGGAAUCUGUCAGUGAGGUGAUGAUGGACAGAGACCUCUUCCACAGAUGUGUUGGUGGGAACAUUGUCCUGCUGAUCCAGGCCUUCAGAAAGAAAUUUAUUAUCCCCGAGUUUGACGUGUUUGCACAAAAAAUAAAUGAAAUCUACAAAACCGUGCAAAAACAAAGAGAUGGGAAGGUUGCAGACUACAUCCCCCAGCUGGCCAAGUUUAGCCCAGAGCUGUGGGGUGUGUCUUUGUGUACAGUUGAUGGUCAGAGGCACUCAGUAGGUGACACCAAGCAGCCAUUCUGCCUGCAGUCAUGUGUGAAGCCCCUGCAGUACGCCAUCGCUGUCCAUGAGGCAGGAACAGAGAAGGUUCACCGUUAUGUUGGCAUGGAGCCCAGUGGUCUGAAGUUCAACGUGCUCUCACUUGAUGAUGAAGAUAAGCCUCACAAUCCCAUGGUGAACGCUGGAGCCAUAGUGAUCAGCUCCCUUAUCAAGCCUCGCUCAAAUAAGGCAGAGAAGUUUGACUAUGUUAUGGAGUUUGUUAAAAAGAUGGCUGGCCAAGAAUAUGUGGGAUUCAGCAACGCUACGUUCCAGUCAGAAAAAGAAACAGGCGACAGAAAUUUUGCCAUUGGAUACUACAUGAAAGAGAAGAAGUGUUUUCCUCCAGGAGCAGAUAUGAUCGAUGCCCUCGACUUCUACUUCCAGCUUUGCUCCACCGAGGUGACCUGUGAGUCAGGGAGCAUCAUGGCUGCCACUCUCGCCAACGGAGGGAUCUGCCCAAUCACGGGCGAGCGUGUGCUGAGCGCCGAGGCGGUGCGAGACACCCUGAGCCUCAUGCACUCGUGUGGCAUGUAUGACUUCUCUGGCCAGAUGGCUUUUCACGUGGGCUUGCCUGCAAAAUCAGGGGUGUCUGGUGCCAUACUGCUGGUGAUCCCCAACGUCAUGGGAGUGAUGUGUUGGUCUCCUCCGCUGGACAGAGUGGGAAACAGCGUCCGGGGAAUACACUUCUGUCAGGAGCUUGUGUCGCUGUUCAAUUUCCACAAUUACGACAACUUGAGGCAUUUUGUAAAGAAGCAGGACCCUCGCAGACAGGAUGGAGAGGACAGGAACAAGUCUGUUUUCAACUUGAUGUUUGCCGCCUACAGUGGAGACGUGUCGGCCCUGAGAAGAUUUGCUCUUUCAUCCAUGGACAUGGAUCUGAAAGACUAUGAUUGUCGAACAGCGCUACAUGUCGCCGCAGCAGAAGGUCACAUAGAAGUAGUGAAGUUCCUCACUGAAACCUGCAAAGUUGAUCCAUUUGUAGAAGACAGGUGGGGGAACCUACCGGUCGAUGAUGCCAUGCAGUUUGGACAUGACGAGGUGGUGAAGAUGCUCAAAGAUUACCAGCAGGACUGCAGACAGCAGGAAAAGCAGCACAGUGAAGCUGAGCGUCCCCAGAAGCUGGAUACCAUUGAGAGCAUGUCUCCUUGCCUGCCAUGUACUGCCUGUAGUGUCACCUGACCUGGCCCUCCUCUCCACUCCCCCUCAGCUCGUUUACUGCAGUAUACGAUGCAUCCACUGGAUUGGAGGGCUGGAGGAGGUGCUGCGACAGUCAGGAUCCUUGGUGCAGUUGGCAGAGGGCCACACCCCAGGAGCUGGAGCCAAUCAUCCGCAGGCCACUCAUCCUAAUCUGCAUCCAUAUCAAACACUGACAAGGGGGGCUACACACCAGAGGUUGGUGUUGACUUGUGUAAGAAUUUCCAAUGUGAAAAAUGCCAUUGGAACUAUUGAGCGUGUUUUUUAGUCAAAACUUAUCAACUGACAUAUUGUGGUAUCUGAUGUUCUGUUGUUUUAUGUAUAUGUUUAUGUCUUUGAGUAGGCUAAGUGCUUUUUUAAACCAGACAGUGGACAAUCUCAGAAAUGAUAACACUGUAUCUGUUGAUAUGUAAGCCUGUGCAUAAGCCAGCUACAACAUUAAAACCACCUGCCUGA